UUCUUUGGAGGUGCAGACAAAGCAUCUUUGAUGAAAUGAAGAAGAAAUUUUCACAGAUUGAAAGUGCUGCUGAUGAACCUAGGGUUCUUUGUAUAAUACAUGAUACUACUAAUUCUAAGACAGUGAAUGAAUGCAUCACUUUGAACUUGCCAGCUUCCACUCCUGUAAAAAGAUUGUUUGAGGAUGUAGCCUCCAAAGUGGGCUAUGUUAAUGGAACAUUUGAUUUAAUUUGGGGAAAUGGAGUCAGUGUUGCUGAAAAGACACCAUUGAAUCAGUCUAGUGAUAAAUCUGUUGUGGAUUCUGGUUUUGAGCCUGGGAAAAAGAAUUUUUUGCAUCUGACUGAUAAAGAUGGAGAACAACCUCAGAUAGUAUUGGAAGAGUCCAGUGGAGAACAUGAUCGUAAUCAAGACCGAUUUAUAGGUCCCCUACCACGAGAAGGUUCAGUUGGUUGUUCCAAUGAUUAUGUCAGUCAGAACUAUUCCUACUCAUCAGUUCUCAGUAAAUCCGAAACAGGAUAUGUGGGUCUAGUAAAUCAAGCAAUGACCUGCUAUUUGAACAGCCUUUUACAAACCCUUUUCAUGACACCAGAAUUUAGAAAUGCAUUGUAUAAAUGGGAAUUUGAGGAAUCUGAAGAAGAUCCAGUAACAAGCAUCCCUUUCCAGCUUCAAAGGCUGUUUGUUUUACUACAGACAAGCAAAAAGAGAGCAAUUGAAACUACAGAUGUUACACGAAGCUUUGGAUGGGAUAGUAGUGAAGCAUGGCAGCAGCAUGAUGUACAGGAGCUUUGCAGAGUCAUGUUUGAUGCUUUGGAACAAAAAUGGAAACAAACAGAACAGGCUGAUCUCAUAAAUCAGCUCUAUCAAGGCAAGCUGAAGGACUACGUAAGAUGUCUGGAGUGUGGAUAUGAGAGUUGGAGAAUAGACACAUACCUUGAUAUUCCAUUGGUCAUUCGGCCUUAUGGCUCCAGCCAAGCUUUUGCAAGCGUGGAGGAAGCUCUACAUGCAUUCAUUCAACCUGAGAUCCUUGAUGGCCCCAAUCAGUAUUUCUGUGAACGCUGUAAGAAGAAAUGUGAUGCAAGAAAGGGCUUGCGUUUUUUGCAUUUUCCUUAUCUGCUGACCUUGCAGCUAAAGAGAUUUGAUUUUGAUUAUACCACCAUGCACAGAAUAAAACUUAAUGAUCGAAUGACAUUUCCAGAAGAGCUGGACAUGGGCUCAUUCAUUGAUAUUGAAGAUGAGAAGUCUCCUCAAACAGAGAGCUGCACUGACAGUGGAGCAGAGAAUGAAGGCAGUUGUCACAGUGAUCAAAUGAGCAAUGAUUUCUCCAAUGAUGAUGGAGUGGAUGAAGGAAUAUGUCUUGAAAGUAAUAGUACUGCUGAAAGGAUUUCAAAAAUUGGCAAUGAAAAGAAUUCUUUAUUAUAUGAACUAUUUUCUGUUAUGGUCCAUUCAGGAAGUGCAGCUGGAGGUCACUACUAUGCCUGUAUAAAAUCUUUUAAUGAUGACCAGUGGUACAGCUUCAAUGAUCAACAUGUUAGCAAGAUAACUCAUGAAGACAUUAAGAAGACCUAUGGCGGAACAUCUGGAACUAGAGGAUAUUAUUCCAGUGCUUUCGCAAGCUCUACGAAUGCAUAUAUGCUUAUAUAUAGACUGAAAGAUCCAUCAAGAAAUGCAAAGUUCCUAGAAGUGGAUGAUUAUCCAGACCACAUUAAAAAGCUGGUACAAAAAGAAAAAGAGUUAGAAGAACAGGAAAAGAAACAGCGUGAAAUAGAGCGCAAUACUUGCAAGAUAAAAUUAUUCUGCAUGCAUCCUGUGAAACAAAUAAUGAUGGAGAAUAAACUAGAAGUUCAUAAAGACAAGACUCUGAAGGAAGCUGUAGAGAUAGCUUAUAAGAUAAUGGAUUUGGAAGAAGCCAUUCCUUUAGAUUGCUGCCGUCUUGUGAAGUAUGAUGAGUUCCAUGAUUAUUUGGAGCGAUCUUAUGAAGGGGAGGAGGAUACUCCAAUGGGAAUCUUGCUUGGAGGUGUCAAAUCAACUUAUAUGUUUGAUCUCCUUCUGGAAACUAGACGACCUGAGCAGGCUUUCCAGUGUUAUAAACCUGGUGAAGUCAUGGUAAAAGUUCAUGUUGUUGACUUGAAGCAAGAAAUUGUGACUCCUCCUGUUAGUGUUCGUGCUUAUCUGAAUCAGACUGUAACAGAGUUCAAGUAUCUUAUUUCAAAGACUGUAAAUUUGCCUGCUGAAACUAUGCGCGUUGUGCUGGAACGUUGCUACAAUGAUUUGCGCCUUCUCAGCGUGGCUAACAAAACACUGAAAGCUGAGGGCUUUUUUAGAAGCAAUAAAGUAUUCAUUGAAAGUUCAGAGUCUCAGGAUCGACAGUUGGCAUUUACAGAUUCCCAUUUAUGGAAAAUUCUGGAUCGCCAUGCAAACACAAUCAGACUGUAUGUUUCGUUACCAGAACAGUCUCCUGGAUCACAAUUUAGGAGGACAGUUUUCCAGAAGGCCAGUGGAGAUUCCAGCAAUGUAGAUGAACUCUGUCAAAGAAUAAAAGGACCUUUAGGUAAUAUGAAAUCAGUAGAAGCUAUUCUAGAGGAGAGUACAGAAAAACUUAAAACUUUGUCUCUACAGCAGCAGCAGCAGCAGGAUGUGGAUAAUGGAGACAGCAGCAAGAGCACAGAGGCAAGUGACUUUGAAAAUAUUGAAUCACCUUCCAAUGAAAUGGAUUCAUCAGCUUCAGCAGAAAACCGUGAGCUUGAAAAUCAAAUUCAAGUUUCUGAUCCAGAAAAUUUCCAGUCAGAGGAACGGUCAGAUUCUGAGGUGAAUAAUGAUAGGAGUACAAGUUCUGUGGACAGUGAUAUUCUAAGUUCCAGUCACAGUAGUGACACCUUAUGCAAUGUGGACAAUGCUCCUAUCCCCUUGGCCAAUGGUCUUGACUCACACAGUAUAACAAGCAGUAGGAGAUCUAAAGCCAAUGAAGGAAAAAAAGAAACAUGGGAUACAGCUGAAGAGGAUUCUGGUACUGACAGUGAAUAUGAUGAAAGUGGCAAGAGCAGAGGCGAAACACAGUAUAUGUACUUCAAGGCAGAGCCUCAUGUUUCAGAAGAAGGUUCUGGAGAUGGACAAAAAUGGCUGUUCAUUCAUGUUGAUAAAAGAAUUACACUCUCUGCCUUCAAACAACACUUGGAGCCAUUUGUUGGUGUUCCAUCCUCUCAGUUCAAGGUCUUUCGAGUUUAUGCCAGCAAUCAAGAGUUUGAAAGCGUGCGGCUCAACGAGACACUUUCGUCCUUCUCAGAUGACAAUAAGAUAACAAUUAGGCUUGGAAGAGCACUAAAGAAGGGGGAAUACAGAGUCAAGGUUUAUCAGCUCUUGGUAAAUGAUCCAGAGCCCUGCAAGUUCCUUCUAGAUUCUGUGUUUGCUAAAGGAAUGACAGUACGUCAGUCAAAAGAGGAACUAAUGCCCCAGCUCAGGGAGCAAUGUGGGCUAAAUCUGACUGUUGACAGAUUCCGCCUAAGAAAGAAGACCUGGAAAAAUCCAGGAACUGUGUUUCUGGAUUAUCAUGUCUAUGAAGAAGAUAUAAGUAUUUCAAGUAACUGGGAAGUCUUCCUAGAAAUACUGAACGGAGCAGAAAAGAUGAAAUCUAUGUCACAACUUGCUGUUCUGUCAAGACGGUGGAGGCCAUCAGAAAUGAAGCUGGAUCCUUUUCAGGAAGUAGUUUUGGAAAGCAGCAGUGUUGAUGAAUUAAAAGAAAAGCUUAGUGAAAUAAGUGGACUCCUUGUAGAAAAUAUUGAGUUUGCCAAGGGCAGAGGAACAUUUCCUUGUGAAAUUUCAGUUCUCGAGAUACAUCAGGAUUUGGAUUGGAAUCCUAAAGUUUCUACACUGAAUGUAUGGCCUCUGUACAUAUGUGAUGACGGAGCAGUGAUAUUUUACAGGGAUAAAACUGAAGAAAUGGUAGAACUGACUGAAGAACAGAGAAACGAAUUAAUGAAAAAAGAAAGCAGCCGACUUCAGAAAACUGGACAUCGUGUGACCUACUCCCCUCGUAAAGAAAAAGCACUAAAAAUAUAUCUGGAUGGAGCACCAAAUAAAGAUUUGACUCAAGACUGAUACUUAUUUCAUCAUCGUCCCUGGGAAUGUCUUUUGUUCAAGUGAGAGGUUCACUACUAUUGUGUAGUGCUGUUAUGGCAGGACUCUGGGUGUUAAGGAGAGACACCAGCACUGAUUGGGCUGCAGUUUUACCAGUCAGAAGCACAGUGCCCAAUCAGGCCACUGUUUGACUUGGAAUCAUGUUGUGUGCACUAUAGUCAAAUGUACUGUAAAGAUAAAAGGGAUGUGCAAAUAAAAAAACACAAAAACAGGGUGGGGUGGGUAAUGAGCAAAAAUUGAGGACAAUGUGCACAUAGCAGUAGCUAGUUAACUAGCCUCAAAAAGGAUAUUCAUAGCUUGAUAAUAAAAAGCUGUGUAAAGGCCAUGAAUGAAUUCUUUUUCUGUUUGUUUCACUGAUACACACAUUACCUCAUUGAAGUUUUCUGAAGUAAAUGCAACAGUGGCUUUUUAGAAGCUGGAGAGUGGAAAUAAAUGGAAAAUGUGAUUGAAUUGGCAGACUCCAAACCUUAUAAAGUUAGCUUUUUAAGUGAAUCUCGUUAGGGUUCUCUUCCCUCUUCCAUAAAACAGAACAUCUGAAAAGUAUUUUUAGAAAAAGUUACCAUUACCAGCAGUUGUUGUUUUGUCUUCAAGAAGUAUUGUAAGGUAACUAAUUUUUUAAUUAGGUUGUGGAUACAAGCAAUUCCACUGUUUCAUUUAGUGUGUAAAUACAACUCUGUUUUUCUGAGUUAGCAGAACUGCAUUUCAGCUGCUUACUAUGGUAUUUCUCUUCACAUAUCAAUAUUCACUGUGUACAUUUAAAAGUAUAGCUGCCUAUUUAAAUUUGUAUUCAUUUUAUGUUUGGCAAUGCUGGGUACUUAGUUCGUAAUUCUCCCUUGUUAAUGAGUUUCAGGGGGUUUUGUUCGGCUACUUAUUUUUGUACAUUUUGGUUUUGGAUUCUUACAAGUUUGCAUCUUCUAGUACCAUUGCAAAUCAUUAUUAUUAUUUUUUUCCUGAAGUUUGAUUCAUAGUUUUAUAUGUAAGGUUGUUGUUGGUUUUUAAGUGGACAUCCUUUAACACUUCCAACUGCAAACUUUCCAGUAGUUCAGGAUUUGGUGCAAGACAGAUGAAGUAAACAUUACUUCAUUGCAAAGCUCCAGACACAAUAAGGUUUGGGUUUGGUACACUGUAAAAUCAACUGCAAACUUCUAUCUAAGUUUUCGGGGGGGGGGGGGGGGUUAAAUACCAUCUAAUUUAUAUCAAUCAAUAAAAGGUUUUGGUAAACUUUUCCAUGCCAGAUGCUGUUUACAACAAUGAACAUGCCAAUAAAACAUUUGUUCAUUCUGUUGUUAUUUUAA